ACAGUGGCUCUGCCUACCUAGCUCAGUCCAAUAAACUUCCAGUAACAACUGAAUCAUUAACCACUUUCAAUACAGUAUGCAAAUCAGGCAGAGCGUCUUCUCUUGGGCUGUUUUCAUUAUAUCGUGGCUCAUCCCUCAGAAUAUGGUCAAGACAUAUCUUUCAAGGACAAUACCCAUUCUACAGAAUGGAAUUAUCAGGGUAUCUUCUGGAAUAACUGCAAAAUCCAGUGCUUUCCAAAUACCUGCUGGUGUUGACAAUGAGUUGGAUGAAGAAUUUAACCUGAAUCCCUGAAAGAUAGAUACAUCUACUGUGAGUAAUUAUAAUUUUGGAAAGAAAGACACAAAUGACACCAGAGAAUGCAUGAAGCUACCGGACCAGCUGGAAAAAUAUUACCUUACCACCAUGUACUCUCUUGAAUUCAUCUUUGGUUUCACUGGAAAUGCUGUUGUUGGUUUGGGUUCACUUUUCUACUGGAAGACCUGGAAAAGUAGCAACAUCUACCUGAUCAACUUAAUCCUGUCAGAUUUAUCUUUUCUUUGCACACUGCCAUGGCUAGUGUCAAGUUAUUCCAAAGGAAUAGAUGACAACGUGUGGUGCCAAUUUAACAGAAUUAUCCUGUAUUUUAAUUUGUACACAAGCAUCCUUUUCCUGACAUUUAUAAGUAUUGACAGGUAUCUGCUCAUGAAGUAUCCCUUCAAAAAUCAUUUUCUGCAGAAGAAAGCCACGGCUAUUGUUUUCUCAGUAGCCAUAUGGAUCUGGAUUAUGUUGGAACUGUCUCCUAUAUACUACUUCAUCACCUUUCAGAAUAAAAGCAACAGUAGCCAAUGUUUAGAUUAUGCAAGUUCAGGAGAUGCACUCCCCAGCCUCAUCUACAGUCUGAUCUUGACAGUCACUGGGUAUAUAAUCCCAUUGUGUAUCAUGUGGUUUUUUUAUGUAAAGACUCGUGCUCUCCUUAUAAGCCACAGUUUGCGGUUCACCACCGCUCUGCCUCUUGAGAAGCCUCUCACGCUAAUCAUUAUGGCAGUGAGUAUCUUCUCACUUCUCUUUGCUCCCUAUCACAUCAUGCGCAAUGUUAGAAUUGCCUCCCGAAUAUCAUCCUGGAAGCCUUCCGAAUGCACUGAGAACGUGAUUAAAGCUGCUUACACAAUAACAAGGCCUAUUGCCUUCUUGAACAGUGUAAUUAAUCCCAUCUUUUAUUUCUUAAUGGGAGAUCACUUCAGGGAAACGCUCAUGAUCAACAUAAGGUAUUUCUUAAAAAGAGUUCUACCUUGCUAUAAAUGAAGUUUCAAUGAAGUCUUUGGACAGAUAUGGAAGUUGCUAGUUUAUGCAAUACAAGAUACAAUUUUUACUAAGAAUUUGGCAAUUGUCCAUGAACUCAAGUGGAUUCUAAACGUGGACAUUAAAUCCUGUUGUUUUCUUCAAGUAUUUCAUCCAAGCUUGAAGUAUUAUGGCACACGCUUGGAUCUUGUUAGGUGGAUAAAAGGCCAGAUAGUAUCCGAAGUAUAAAGUGAUUAUCAUCAGUUUUGGAUCCGCACCUUCCUUUUUCAGAAAGACAUACACUUGAAAUGGUGUUCCAUACUAGCUGAAUUCCAUUCAAGAUGGAUUACUGGGGUAUGUUGUAUUGCAUGUGAACUACCUCUGAAAAGAAAGUAAAACUCAUGCCUAAUAUAACUGCCAGAGUUAAAUCCUUACCCAAGGAGAUUGGGUCAUAAGUGAUAUAUUGCCGAUUGCUAAAGAGAGGUUUGUAUGGUGAAAAACAGGAUACCCAUUUCAAGCAUUUAAAUUAUAAAUAGUAUUAGGCUAUGGGAGACAUUCUUCAAAUUUCUUUGAAAUAAGAGAAUUAAAGCAGAUUCUCUUUCAUUGACAGAAAAAAAAUCAGAAGGCUGUCUCUACUGUGUAGUAAUUUAGCCUUUAAAACUCUAAAUAAAUUAGAACCAGUUAUCUAAAUAACUUUCAUUAUAUACCUCUCAAUCAGCUGACCUCCUGAGUAUUUUUUUUUGGAUUAGAAAAGCAAUUAACUAAAAAGGAGGAUGUUUCUCUGAUGCACAGAAUUCAGUGACACAUUAUAGUAGAGGUCUUCAAACUUGGCAGCUUUAAGACUUGUGGACUUCAACUCUCAGCUAUGCUGG